AAUAAUCCCGCUAGACAUACUGACAGCCUAUUUUUUAUUAGCUACACAUCGAUUAUUAAGUGUCUUUUUUCGGAUCUUUCAUUUGUACCGCGGGUUUUUAAGGAUGUCAGGUCACAACAUUGCCUCGAGGAGCUCGGAAAAGCUGCUUUUCUUUGGGUUUUUGGUUCUGGUUCGUUCGGUCUUGUGUCACGGGUUUGCUGAGGAGUUCUCCUCGGGCUCUUAUGAUUUUGGGUCUGUUAUCCUGGAGCCUCUGGACGGGUUGAGAAAGUACGCGGAGUCCAUUGUCGGCACCCAUGUGAUUGAGAUUGGUGCUGAGAAUGCUGUUUUGUACCUUGACUCAGUGUUUGGCCCUGAGAACAUCUAUUCUGUUGCAAUGUUUGUCGAAAUGUUGCUGAAGUUUGUUGCUGAAGGAGCUGCCAGUGGACUGAAUGUCAUUGCUGUGUAUGUAUCUGAGAUUCUCAGAGCUACAGGAGUGAACGAGACCGUAUCGGUGCCUCAUUUCACUGCUGAGGGUGUGUCUGCUGUGACCAAGUGGGCUUUGCUGGCUCUGAUCGCUUACUGGCUCCUGUCCUUGUUGCUGCGAGUCACCGUAAUGCUUGUAACGAGAGUGUUUUGGCUGAUUAAAGCAGUUGUGGUGCUGUGGCUGUUUGUGCGGAUCAUCGGUGACCCCGCUGCCUCCAGUGAAGUCACUACAAUGAGACUGAUUUUACUAGUGCUCAUCUGUGCUGUGUUUGGAGUCGCUACGAGCAGCGGCGGUGGGACAGGAGGCAGUCUGGAGAGCCGGAUGAGCAGACUGGAGGGACAAGUCAAAGGGCUGGAAGAGAUGAAAAUGAGCAGCAAUGAACAGUAAUGAGCAGCUUAAAACAAGCAUAUGGACUCAUGACAACAGGGAGAUGAGGACUCAAGGAGGACGUGUUUAAUGCAACUCAGAACAGCCUUAGGUAUUAAUAUCCGAUUUUGCCAGUUCUUUCUUGUUUUAAAUACAUUUCAUAGUUAAUUGGGCCAUGGAGACUACUCCCAUAUUGUUUUUUGUAAAAUGUAAAGCAAGAAGAAAGAACUUCAUCCCACAGCUCUUUAAAUUUCAUGUGGUACCAUUAAAAUUCUCGAUUGUU